GAAAGUGAGGGAGAUAGUAGAGGGAGAGAGUGAAUCUUUCAUAGCAGGCGUCUCGGAGCGCCACCGCUGUGAUUUGUGUCUCUCAGUAUGUUUCCCCGCUGCUGCUGCAGCAGGCAUAGUACAUGUUCACUCGCGCACCAUGACUUCUCGACCUCCUCCGCUCUUUUCAUAGUCUACUGUUUGCUUUCCCUCCAAAACCAAGGCUGAUGGCUCUCAGACUUCAGAUUUUUCUGUAAACCGGACAUAAGGACUGACUCUAUAAGAUGGAAAACUCGUCUGAAACUGACCUGUUUCAGUCCAAAAUAUCCAAAGAGAAUGAUUUGCUCCUGGGAACCAUCUACUCCAUCUUUGGUGUGCUUUCUUUGAUGGGAAACUCCACUCUGCUGUUUGUCGCUUAUCGUAAGAAAUCGUCUCUAAAACCGGCGGAGCUCUUCAUCAUCAACCUCUCCAUCAGCGAUCUGGGCAUGACAGUCUUCCUCUUCCCCUUCGCUAUUCCCUCUGCCUUCGCUCACAAGUGGCUGUUUACGGAGGUGAUGUGCAUGUGUUAUGCCUUCUGUGGAGUUUUGUUCGGCCUCUGCAGCCUCAGCAAUCUGACGGUACUGUCCUGCGUGUGCUGGCUCAAAGUGUGCUGCCCAAACUACGGUAAUAAGUUCUCGUCGUGCCACGCUCGUCUGCUGGUGGUGGGUGUGUGGUGUUAUGCUGCAGUGUUUGCAGUGGGUCCUCUGUCGGGAUGGGGUCAGUACGGGUCCGAGCCCUACGGCACCGCCUGCUGCAUCGACUGGCACGCGCCGAGCUCCAGCACACCGGCUAUGAUCUACAUCGUCUGCCUCUUCUUCUUCUGCUAUAUCGUGCCCUGCUGCGUCAUCAUCCUCUCGUAUUCGCUCAUCCUGGUGACGGUACGAGGCGCUCAACACGCAGUGCAGCAGCACGUCUCUCCUCAAAACAAGAUCUCCAAUGUGCAGACGCUUCUGGUCAAGCUUUCAGUGGCAGUAUGUUUUGGUUUUCUGAUGGCGUGGAGCCCGUACGCUGUAGUCUCCAUGUGGGCAGCCUUCACCGAACCAGACCUGGUCCCUCCCAUAGCAUUUGCCCUGGCGGCAAUGUUUGCCAAGUCCUCCACCCUCUACAACCCGAUGGUCUACCUCGUCUUCAAGCCCAGCUUCCGGAAAUCCCUGUGUCGUGAUGCCACAAAGUGCAAGAGAAAGCUCUGCCCCUGCGUGUGCCAAACAGACACCCAACACCAAGGCACACCGAGCCUGAACACCAAGGACAAGUGCAAACUCACAUGGGUCUCUAAUGGAUUGAACGAGAGCCACCAGUCCUGCAGACACUGUCCAGAAAGACAGACAGGGAAUUACCUGGACAUCACGCCUCAGAGGACAGCACGAGUCCUGACAGGAACCACACACAACGAGGUGGCGCUCAGUCAACUGUCCAACGAGAUUAACAGCGACUUUCUGUAGACACUCACCAUGACAAACUAAUGGAGGAACGCCUCCAGUACACCAACAGGGGAAAUAGAGAUGCCUUAAAGUCCUAUACAAACUGCAAGAGGAUGUGGAGUCGUUUAACUGAGCAAAAAACCUAGGCUACCUAGUAACAAGAAAAGGUUGAUUUGGUAGCAAAACUGAAUGGUUAUUUAUACAACAAUGUUUUCAGUCAAAACAAGAAUCUUUUUACGAUUUUGCCUGUUUGUUUACACAACAUAAUUUAAGCAACAGAAAAUGCAUUUUAUUUUGAAACAGCUCAAAAAUAAACGUGUUUGAAAAUGGAGACAUUACAGACACAUUCAGAGGUAGGAAUUUUUAGCAGUGAAAUGUCAAACACAGGCUCAUUCUGAAAACAUGAUGGCGUGGACAUUUCUGGAGAUGGUGAAUUAUGUAGGCGGAGGUACUUACGGCCUCAUUUAAUUUUGUUAAACGAAUGCUACGGGGCGGUAUGAUGUCGUUCCUUUUCGCACUUACCAGCUGAAUGCUUACCUCCAUGUGGCUUCAACCAGCUUCAACCAGUUUGUCCUUUAAGCUCGUCGAGUACGUCGGCGGACUUGACACUCAGAGAGAUGACCAUGAUGACGGGGAUCAAGUCCGGGGAAGAAUGGUUCCAAAAAUCAGGUAAGACAAAAACAGAAUCCAAAAAAUAAAAUGAACAAGUAAAUAACAGGGUGAGAGUGUGGUAAAAUCCGAAAACAUGGUAAAAAAAUCAGACGAGGGCUUUUCUUGUUCUGGAUUGCUUCUGUAAAUUGUGGUUGGGUUUAGGGAAGUUGUGGUUGUGCUCGUCAAUCGAUAAAAUUGGUUGGGUUUCGGGAAGGAGGAGGGUGGGUCAGUCGAUUGGUCGGCCAGCCAGUCAUUCAGACAGACAGUCGGUAGACAGCGGCCUCUGGUGGGUUUAAGUGAGAACAGCGGGCGCGAACGGCACUUGCGAGAGACAUUUGAGAUAUGAAAAAGUGCGGAUCCUCUCGC